GACUGACCUCGAAACCUUCCCGGUAUGCAGUAGAGACUGACGUCAUCGUGUAACGGUCAUGGCUAACGUUUCAACAGGUGGUGUCUUAAUGAACGAGAUGGCUAUGAAUAACAUCAAUUUUUUUUCGUAUCUUCCAUAUCAGUUGAGAUUGGAAUUGGCGGGACAUCGACAUCUUGGGAUUGUACUCUAGCGGUCGAAUGGGUAAAUGGCCGACUCGACCUCAUCAGUAGACGUCAAAGUUUUGGUGACGUCAUAAGCAGUUUGCGUCACAGAUUUUAUCAAAGAUGGUGGCCCGCCCAGACCUUAGUCACCUGGCAGCAAGCUGAGAGUCGACUAAAUUAUAUUAUGUUUAUUAUUGUUUAUUAUUCCAGACUCCAGGCUACAGAGCUCUGCCGUCGUUUAAAAUUAGACAUCUUGAAGUCUUGGGAUAAUUUCUUAUCCACAGAAGCCAUGAUGACGUAAUUGAGGAACGAUUUCGAGCAAGUAGAAACAUCCAUUUCUGGAGAAGCUGCAACUCUGCUGCGAACGAAAUGUACACGGAAAACAAUGUGACCUCGGUUAGCAUCUUCACCUUCUUCUCCGUUACCCUCUGCAUGGUCUUCGGCGUGACCGGCAACGUGAUGGUUCUCUGCUACUACACGCUGUUCGUUCACAAAGGGUUUCUGCGUGUGCUGGCCAUCGCCAUGGCUACCUUUGACCUGCUGUCCUGCUUGGUGCUGAUGCCACUGCAGAUGUACCUCACCCUCCUCACGUACAUGAUCCGGACGCCGAGUGACGAGACGUGCCAGGCCUUCUGGGGGCUGCAGAUGUUCGUAGUUUGCGCAUGCGCCUGGCUUCUAGCGUCAUGGACCUACGAGAUGCAGCGGAAGAUCUUCACCUCUUCGCAGACCACCAUCGACCAGCGGCGUGUAGCGUUGGAGGUGGGAGGAGCUGUCGCCGUGGCAAUCACCGCCUCCAUCCCUGCCGUCCUAAUCAGUGGAGUGACCAGUCACGUGGAGUACCUGCAGAAACCUCAUCUGAUGGCCGUUUGUUUCGUGGCACAGCGCUUCCUCGGCAGACCCUGGGUCCUCGUUUACCACGGGACCAUCGCGAUAUACCUCAUCGGCGUGACGUGCUUCAUCAUCACCACCAACAUGCGCAUGAGCAGCGCUGUCUUCCGCGUGUCGAACAGCAGCAGCAGCCUGGACUUCACGGCGUCGAAAGAUUCCUUGUCCCUAACUGACCGAGCACUACCACCACCACCACCACCGCCAAUAUCCCAUUCCAGCAUUCAGAUGCCUCCUUCGAAGGAGGAGUUCAACCCUUUAGAGCGAAAUUUAAGCCCCGAGGCAACCACUCACCCAGAACCUCUCUCCACAGUAAAAUUCCCGUCUCAGCUAGAACCCAACCUGGGGAAGCCGGUUUCCGCUGCAAAAGUGGCAUCAUCGUUGCUGUCGCUGCCACCGUCUCUUCCAUCUAAAGAAGAAACUAAACAGACAUCGGAGAGAAGCAGAUGUCCCGACUCCUCGGUACCGACGAGCGAUUUAUAUCAAAGGGACCAAUCCCGGAGGUCCCAGUUAGCACGUGACCAGAUGACGUUGCGGCAGGUGCGGUCCAGCGCGUGCUGCACGUUGUGUCUCAUGUCUAUGCUCGUGGUCAUGCAAUUCGUGCCCUUCGCCAUCUUCAUACUGGACAUCACGGCCAGGGGGUCAGCUGGGAUCAAACGGCUUUGGUCAACCAACACCUCGAUCGUUUUGCAGCUCGUGUACAGGUCUUUUUUCAUUGGGUGCGCGGUCAACUCCUACGUACUCUUCGUGACUGAUAAACACUUUCGCUUGUGCUUGGCUCGUUUCCAGUUUCAGGUCUGCCAUAGAGAAAAUCCCAAGUUGCUCAGGUCUUUGUUCACUGGAAACAAGUAGAAAGGAUGAGAACCAGUCUGUGAACUGUCAACGACUGGAGAUGGAUGUUGAGGAGGUGUUUCUGGGCUUGAAUGCACCGGGGACAUACGAAAUCUUUAAUAAAAACUGUGUGAAACACUUUGGGCCAAGACUUGGUCCAAAGACUUUGCGCGUGAGGUCCUCGAGCAGGAUCAACGUCUUGGCUUAGCGAAGCUUCAGGUGACUUUGGGAGAACAAAGCGGGACUAGAAUCUGUGCUAAUGAGACUUUUUUCUUCCACAGUUGAAGAGAUUUAACAAAAAUCUUGUUCAUCAAGAAAUCAUGGUAUAAAUACACUUUUAUGUUGCAAAGAAAAUGCACAAAAAUUGACUUUUAAAGAAACGUACCUUCUCCCUACUGAACAACCACUAAAAUAAAGUAUUAAGAUAAUAUGUCCACUGUCAUCGCUAA